AGCUGCUGUUGGUAAGGUUUGCAUUUGUGCUUUCUAUUUGGUUCCAUACUAAAACAGAUUUUUAGCUCAACGUUUUACAGCUCAAUUAUGCAUUUCGUGCAUGAAGUGCGCGAUUGAACAGCAUUUAUUUUUAAGGCUAAUGAAUACUCAACAACGCCGCACUGAUUCUUUCCGGUUUCAAUUACCACCAAUGUCUCAGUCAAAUUUCAAUAAUCUGACUUUAAAUAGUCAGAGUCUCAAUUUAGAUGGUUUCAACAAUCAGCAGCGAUAUCUUAAUUCAUCAAUGCCAUUAAACCUUAAUAUGUUAGUCCCACAUGCACGUUCGAUGCCCCAAUCGCAUCUUUCUGAUUCACGAUUACCCCAGCGAGUUCAUAGAUUGUCGCACAACAGCAGUAAGGGAAUUCAGAAACGGACUGCGCAAAGUGCUCAGAAUAACCAUCAGAAGCAGCAACUGCGGGCUUUGAAAGACCGAAUUGGAAAGAAGCCGGCGAACCAAGACCAACCUUUCAUAUACGAGAGCACUAAUCGUUUCCUCGAACAAUCUAAUCGAUUUGACGUCGGUUAUGAAACGAAAAAUAACCAGCAAAGGCAAGGUGGAUCGAGAUUGCAUCCUGUUGACUUAUCAGACUCUGAUGAAAUCGCCAAUACCACUCACAAUUUUUCUGGUAAAAGCUCGGUAUUGUCUCUUGUGGUAGACAAGUCAUCGUUUACGGAGAAAUUAAAUCACCAAAUUAGUAAAUUUUUCUUCCGAAACGUGCAAACAUUGGAUGUGCUAAAGCAGAAGCGAUCUUUAUGCAACAGGCUCUUCGAAGUUGCUCGAGCAGCGGCUGAAACUCAGUAUUCGUGCAAUAUGUUCUUGGUUGGAUCGACACUGAAUGGCUGCGCGAGCAAAACCUCAGACGCGGACUUGUGUCUAUAUUUGCCAAACACUUCGGUUGACAAAAGAAAAACUUUAAAUUUACUCGAGAGACUGCGCAACCGCUUAAGGAAAACAGGUGAGUUCCACGGAAUUCAACUCAUCCGAGCUACAGUUCCUAUUCUGAAGUUCCACGAUUAUGUGACUGGAUUUGAAUGUGACUUGAACAUCAACAACAGUGUCGGCAUUAGGAACACACACCUGCUAAAAGCAUAUUCAUUAGUUGACGAGAGGCUGGCGCAGCUGAUGUUUGCGAUUAAGUACUGGGCCAGAUACAAUGGCAUCAAUGAUGCCUCUUGUGGCACGUUCAACAGCUACUCACUCGCACUCAUGACCAUAUUCUUCCUGCAAGUUGGAGUGUCGCCUCCCAUCGCACCAGUUUUGCAACAAGUAGAACAGAAUGUGUUCUCCACUGAGCGUGAGGUUGAGCAGCUGCCCCGUCUGGACUUCAUAGCCGCCAAGUACUCCUCUCCCGCACAGGCCAACAAACUCUCAGUCGCUCAGCUAUUCUGCAACUUCUUCUCAUUCUACAACAAAAAGUUCAACUUCGAAUAUGACAUCGCGAGUAUCCGCCUAGGACGUAAAAUCAAGAGAUCGACCAAAAGCGAACCCCAAUGGACUGAGAAGUACAUCUGCAUCGAAGAACCCUUUGACCAAUCUAACACGGCGCGAGCAGUCUACAGCGUCGACAAGUUUGAGCAAAUAAAGUCGGCAUUUCAGGACGCCGAGGGAAAAAUUCAAAACGAAAGAAGAUUUGAUUGUUUCAUUUCGACUCAUGGCUGAAAUGUAACCUGCAUCUCUUGGCUGAAAUGUGAGUUCAAAGGGACUUGCAUCAAGUCAGGAGCAUCAUCCUAGAACUGAAAUUUCAGAGCUAUCUCAAACUUUUCUAAAAAUCGUAUGGUUUUUGUUUUUUCACUAUUACAGAUUUGUUAUAUAUGAUAUAUAAUAAUUCAAAUAUAUAUAUAUCACCUGA